UCUCUUUAGAAGUUUAGUAGACGGCAGGAAGCCGCCGCAAUAGGUGUUGUGUUAGAUUUUUGUUCUGUCUCCUUUGGAAAGGCAGCCGCAUAUAAUGUUUGUCCUAGCAGGGAGCCAGAUGUGCAGACAUGCCAUCCUCUGCAAGUUUGGUGGGGUGCAGGCCAGAGGCCUCAGCAUGUCUCCACUGGCAGCAGCAGCUGCAAGGAUUGCCAUGAGCAACCUUGACAAGGACUCCUACAUGCCAUAUGACAAACUGCAAGAAAAUCUUCAUGUGGUCAAAAACAGGCUGGGGCGCCCGAUGACUCUGUCGGAGAAGGUCUUGUACUCCCACUUGGAUGACCCAGUCUCCUCCGAGCUUGUGCGUGGCGAGUCUUACUUGAAGCUGCGACCUGACCGAGUGGCCAUGCAGGACGCCACUGCACAGAUGGCCAUGCUACAGUUUAUUAGUUCUGGCCUGCCACGUGUUGCUGUGCCAUCUACAAUUCAUUGCGAUCACUUGAUCCAAGCCCAGAUAGAGGGAGCUAAAGAUCUGCAGCGAGCAAAGGAACUCAACGCUGAGGUGUACAACUUCCUGUCGACUGCUGGAGCCAAGUAUGGCGUUGGCUUCUGGAAGCCUGGGUCUGGCAUCAUCCAUCAGAUCAUCCUGGAGAACUACGCGUUCCCCGGCCUGCUCAUGAUAGGCACGGACUCCCACACCCCCAACGGGGGCGGCCUGGGGGGCCUGUGCAUCGGCGUGGGCGGCGCAGACGCCGUCGAUGUCAUGGCCAACAUUCCCUGGGAACUCAAGUGUCCCAAGGUGAUAGGCGUGAAGCUGACCGGCGAGCUCUCAGGCUGGACGUCCCCCAAAGACGUGAUCCUGAAGGUGGCCGGGAUCCUGACUGUGAAGGGCGGCACAGGCGCCAUCGUCGAGUACUUCGGGCCUGGCGUCAACUCCAUCUCCUGCACCGGCAUGGGCACGAUCUGCAACAUGGGCGCUGAAAUUGGCGCGACGACGUCAGUGUUCCCGUACAACAGUCGCAUGCACAACUACCUGGUGGCCACGAACCGCGCUGACAUCGCGCGCCUCGCUGACGACAACCUCAACCUGCUGACUCCUGACGAGGGCGCGCCCUACGACCGCCUCAUCGAAAUCAACUUAUCUGAGCUCGAGCCUCACAUCAACGGACCCUUCACGCCUGACCUCGCGCAUCCUGUGGACAAGGUUGGCGACGCAGCUAAGAAGAACAACUGGCCGCUGGACGUGAAGGUUGGCCUCAUAGGCUCUUGCACGAACAGCUCCUACGAGGACAUGGGACGCUGCGCCUCCAUCGUUAAGCAGGCAAUGCAACAUGGCCUCAAGUCCAAGUCCUUGUUCCACAUCACGCCAGGCUCGGAGCAAAUCAGGGCCACCAUCGAAAGGGAUGGCAUUGCAGAGACUCUGCGUUCUUUUGGUGGCGUUGUUCUGGCGAACGCGUGCGGCCCUUGCAUCGGUCAGUGGGACCGACAAGACGUUGAGAAGAACGAGAAGAACACAAUUGUGACUUCCUACAACCGUAACUUCACUGGUCGUAACGACGCCAACCCCAACACUCACUGCUUCGUAACGUCACCGGAAAUCGUGACGGCUCUCUCGCUGGCCGGUACUCUUGACUUCGAUCCCAGGAAGCAUGAACUGACCGGCGCCGACGGCAAAAAAUUCAAGCUUGAUGAUCCCUUCGCGGCUGAGCUCCCAGCAAGGGGCUUUGAUCCUGGCGAGGAUACUUUCCAGCCUCCUCCCGCUGACAGCAGCAGUGUGAGCGUGGAUGUGUCGCCAGAGUCCAAGCGCUUGCAGCUGCUCACGCCCUUCGAUAAAUGGGAUGGCAAGGACCUCGAGGCCAUGACCAUUCUUAUCAAGACUAAAGGGAAAUGCACGACUGACCACAUCUCGGCUGCUGGUCCUUGGCUACGGUUCCGUGGGCACCUGGACAACAUCUCGAACAACAUGUUCCUGACGGCGGUUAAUGCUGAGAACGGCGAGAUGAACAAAGUCCAGAACAAGCAGACCGGAGAGUGGGGGCCCGUGCCAGCCACCGCCCGCGCCUACAAGGCGGCCGGCGUCAAGUGGUGUGUCGUAGGCGACGAUAACUACGGCGAGGGUAGCUCCCGCGAGCACGCAGCACUGGAGCCCCGGCACCUGGGAGGCCGUGCGAUCAUCGUGCGCUCCUUCGCCCGCAUCCACGAGACGAACCUCAAGAAGCAGGGUAUGCUGCCCCUCACCUUCGCCGACCCCGCUGACUACGACAAGAUAGACGCAAACGAUAAGAUCUCUCUUGUCGGACUCAAGGACCUCACGCCGGGCAAGCCCGUAACGUGUCGCGUCCAUCACAAGAACGGCAAGGUCGAGGAAAUCAAACUGAACCACUCCAUGAACGAGCAGCAGAUUGAGUGGUUCAGAGCCGGGUCAGCCCUCAACAGAAUGAAGGAAGUGGCAUUAGGCAAAUAAAAACCAGUAUCACCGGAAUCCUAUAAUGGCUUUAUCCAAAUUGUGUAAGUUUUCAACAGAACUGGCCUGCCUUUUAAUGAUAAGCCAGGCUAUGGGUUUAAGAAGUGAAUGUAGUCGCUCCGAUAUAAAAUGAAUCAACAAUUUAAAAUUAAAGUCGUACGAUGAGGACAUGAAAUUGGAAAAAAUGUUAAAUUUAAUGUACUCGUUCGCUAACUAAAUAAUUCUCCAAUGCUUUCAUCUCGGAUUGAAUUUUAUAGAAUUGUUUUGAUUUUCCGAAGUAGUGCAUAUUAACCCUGGUCACCUCGGGUGAGGUGAACAUGUCUUUGUCUUCUAAUAAUCUUCAUUGAAUUAUGGAUACCAAAUCUCCCAUUCUCCUCGCGAUACUCAGCUGAUGUACUCUUCUGGGCUUUGAUUUAAAGCAUUUUGGUGUUGACUAUUAGUACAUCUAUGUACUUAUACUUAUUGGUUAAUCAGUAACAGAGUUUUCGGGAUAAUAUGUGUUUUUUUUUCGUGAAUGUUACGGCUUAAUGUGGAACCAUAAACGUCAUUAAAUUGUUCAUUUGACAUUGUGAAUGGCAUGGGAGUUUUGACAUGGUGAAUGGCUGUGCUUGAGUUUGAAAUUUUAAUAAUUUAUUAUCUUAGUUUCGGUUGUUUUUAGUAAAUACCUGAUUAUUACGAGACAGUGUAAAGUACAAGUCAAUGCACAUAAGUGUCGAGGUAAAUUAUCGCUAUGGACGCAAAACAGGAAAUGUUUCGAACAUCCUUGCGUGGUAGGCUCAACGCUCAACUGGGUAGGCUCCCUAAGGAGGCUGGGCACGGAUUUAUGCACUUGAACCUCUAAUGAAGUUUUAUUGUAAUGUUCAACAUUAUUAUUUAUUGUUAAAAUAUGGUUGAUGUAUCGUGUAUAGGGUCCGCUUAUAUAAGAACGAGGAAAUGAUUUACAUGGCGCUGUAUAUAAAAAGUGAGGAGUGAGUAAUGCUGUCUUCCUAACCUUCACUUCAGCUAUGAGUUUGAACUCUCAUGUGAAGACUGCUUGGCUGGCACCUAAAACUUGGUUUUUACAGGACGCAUGUACAUCGGUUGCGUUGAAAUUUAAAAUUACCCUUAUUGGACGCUUGCAUGUGUACAGAUAAUACACUGCAAUGCUGCUUUUUGUACAUAGAUUUGAAUAGACAAUUAUACCUUC